AUGGAGUUCCACGCGCCUAGCUUCGGCGACGACUUUGGCCUGAACCAGUACCCGUCUGCCGUGACAGCGGCAGCCACUCCCACAGCCGAUGUGGUUACGACAUCGUAUUACGUACCCAGCACUCAGAGCUACGUUCACACAAACGCUGGUCUAUACCAAACGACGGACACUGCUGACAUGAUGAGCUUCGGCACACACGAGAUCUGGUCGCCGGCCCAGGUCACUCAAGUGCAGCCGUACCAGCAGCAGUAUACAAAUCUCGGCGUACAAACUGUACAGAUGGCUCCUCAGGCCACUCACCUGCAAAAUCUGCAGGUAGCAGGCCAACAGCAGCAGUCAGUACAGCCCGCACAGACUGCAGUUCAGCAACAGCAGCAGCAGCAGCAGCAGCAGCAGCAACAAACGAGUGAGCUAACACGGGAAUCGAGCCCGAUGGCUGGGUCUCCCGAUUCCUAUGGAACGUCAUCAGGCGGAGGUCCGAUUAAGAAGCAGAAACAAGCUAAAAAGAAGAAGGAUCCAAACGAACCGAAGAAGCCUUUGUCCGCCUAUGCAAUGUUUUUCCGGGACACACAGGCUGCUAUCAAGGGCCAGAAUCCUUCAGCGAGCUUUGGCGAAGUAUCGAAAAUUGUCGCGUCAAUGUGGGAAAGCCUUGAGGCAGAGAAGAAAAACUCAUACAAACAGAAGGCCGAGGAUGCGAAGAAGGAGUACUUGAAAGCGUUGACAGCAUACAAAGCCAACCUCGUGGCGCAGAGCGCUGGCGCGCAAGACAAUUCGAUGCCGAGCCCACCUCAGCCGGCACAGCCCCCCACGCCAGUUUCUGUUCCACAGACGCCACCGACACCAAACACGUUCAGUCAAACAGUAAUGAUCGAGCAGCAUCACCCCGCUCAAUGGGCCGCCCAGCAAAUGGCGCAACAGCCUCAACAGCCUGUACAGAUCAUCUACGCUCAUAACAACGUUCAUCUGCAGGCUCAGCAACAAGCGCAGCAGCAGCUGCAAGCACAACCGCAACAACAUAACGGUCUUCCAGCGCUGCCCGAUUAUCAUUUAUCAAGCGCCGGCACUCAGAUGAGUGGCCAACUGCACAAUCAGUAUGCGACCACUUUGAACGUUCAGGUACCUGGUCAGGUUCACACGCAGCUUGGACAGGUGCAAAACCAGGUAGGACAGGUGCAGAUGGUGGGUCAGGCCCCUGGCAGCCAACAGCAUCUUACCACAACGAGCAGUCAACCUCUGCAGACACAGGCUUCUUCCCUUGUACAUAUGUCCUCUGCUCCAGCCCCGCUUGUCUCGCACAGUCAACAUGUAAUGACGUCCCAGCAGAUGGUUGCACCGCAUCCGUCUGUUGGAACAAUGCAGCAACAGCAUCCACCCCCGCAAAGUCUCCCGCCACAGCCUCAGCAACCGCAGAUGGUUUCGCAGCAGCUGGACACGACAGGUGCAGGUGGCCUUCUGACGCCACCGGUAAGCGUUGGAAGUCAGCCGACACACUCGCCCGCACAGACUAUCGUUUCGCCACAGGUUUCCCAGACGAGCCAACAGGUUCUGCACGUUGCUCAUCAGCCUCCACAAGCGACGCCACAGCAGCAGCAACAACAACAGCAGCAUCAUGUCAAGCAGGAGCAACAGGCAACACCAGCGCCCGUUGUACAACAACAGGUUCAGCAGCAGCAAGCCCCUCAAGGCCCGCCUGCUGCGUCACCCGUUACCGCCGUUCAGAAUGGUCAGGAGAGCGGUGAACAACUGCGGUCACCAGCUGCGCCCGUCACAGAACGACACGCCGGUCACGAGACGAAGGGAGCGUUUAAUCAGCAACGUCUAGCUGCAGCGCAAGCAGCAGCGGCAGCUGGCAACAAUAAUAACGUCAGCGGAGUAAACGGCGCACUCAACAACAAUGAGCCGUUAACGCCGAAAAGCGAGGAGGCGAACGGUGGUCUCUGCAGCCACAAGCCGAUGUGUCGGCGAAAGGGCUGCGGUAAUGCCGCUGUAGAGUGCGCGGAAUGGGACAAGGAAUACUGCUCGAACGAAUGCGUAGUCUCUCACUGCCGGGAGGUGUUUAGUAGCUGGGUGGGACAACGGCAGACAGGUCCGCCUACCGGACCACCUGUUGUUAGUCAGUAGAGGCUAGAGUCAGAGAGCAAAGUAAGGCUAUCAGUCAGUAAUCAUAGAGAGACAAAACUUUGGAAAUGGAAAAAAACAAAUGAUCAUUGUAUCAAACUGUAAAUUGCUGCUGCCACUACGAGCAUCACCGGUAGCAACGCUAGAAACAGCAGGAAGUAGACAAGAAAACGAUUGAAGCGCAUAGAUGCCCAGAAAGACGACUAGACCAACAAGCCCCGGGUCGCGUGACUGACUACCUACCUUGCUCAAUCAGCAGUACUUACCUCACCUUCCCAAGCUUUGCCACACGUACUGAGAUCCUCACAUAUUUAGGUUGGCUUGCACCUCCUUAUCACAGAAUUAGGCCACAAAAAACAAACAACAUAAACGGGAAUUUUGUUCAAGCGGCGCCGCGUGCGGAGUUUGUUAUGAGUAUGUUUGUCAAGACCUUAUUGGAGACAUGUCUAAAGUGGGACGCACAUUACAGACACGUUGCCGAAGAACAGCACCAUUAUAAAAUAUGACAAAGCCAAGCCACAGUCUUCUUUGAGACACAACGACGAACGAAUCUCAACCCACAAACAAAAAAAAUAAUUCCAGGGGGCCAAAAGAUGGAUAUUUCUUCACCCGAAAUAUACCACCUAUUCAUCUCCUAGAAAUGACGGAAGAACAAUUGGCUCACGUCGGUGAGGUCACCAAUCGACCAGAUCGGACAGGUCGUAUCAACAGAAUACAUCUAUAACACGGAUUCACAAUUACCGUCAGUAAGAUUUGGCGAGCAUAAGCACACAUAUCACGGCGAUUUCAUCAGUAUCCAAGUAGUCAUUCUUUCACGCAGCCAUUCACCGAUCAAUAUAAUGGCUUCAGUACAACAAAGAACGCCGGCAGUGUUUCUCAGGAUUAUAUUUAAAAGUAGAACUCGUUUUGACAGCGGAAGGGGCGGAUUUCCUUUGAGUGUUCGGCGGUGCGAGUAAGCAGUGCAAGCUCAGAGGUUAAACGGAGUAGAGAUAACGGAUAAUUGCAGAAGCGACGGAAGAAAAAUCAGUCAUCUGGCCACCCGCAAGGAUUAACCACAGGCUAGGAUUUUACUGCUGCAUUAGAAUGGAAUACGUGGACGUGUAAUGUUGUUGUACUUGUUUUAAAGAUGGAACAAAAAUGAUGCAAAAAGUGAUUCGCUGUAGGAUGUAAACCCGAAUGCAAACGACUGACGCAAAAUGACUAAGAUGCAUCUAAACGAUCACGCCCUCUUAAUUUAUUCUACUAUCAUUCUUGUACCAUCAUAGUGGCAGGCUCCCAGAGCAUUAGACCUUGUUGUAUAUAUAUAUAUAUAUAUAUAUAUAUAUACAAACCUAUUUAUUAUUGGGAGCAUACACACAUAAACACACAUUAGAGGUAUACACUUGGCAUGUUUCUUUCCCAGGCUACUCUGUCACGCAAAUAUAGGUGUACCUCAUAUCUGACGUAAAGAAUCAAAGAAAAGGGUGGAAUUGGUACUCGUCGAUUGCAAUCGGGUAGCAUGCAUCCUUAAUUCGUCAUCCAUGAUCAAUACUAUACACAGACACUGACACGCACUCUUACACUUACACACAUACAGUGACACAGACACAUACACACACACAGAGAGACAGA